CAUUUUUAGACUUGCCAGCCAGCAUACUGCUGAUUUGUGUCAUACAAACAAAAAAUAAAAACAAAAUAAACACUCAGCUAGAUCUAGAUCUAGACUAGCUGUUAAAAUAAAUAAUCUAGCAUCAACCUACAUUAGAUCUAGUUUUUAGCGUCUAAUUUACUCUGACUAAACCAAAUCUAGGCCUACAUUUAGAACCUGUUUUUUUUUCUUCAAUAAUAAUAAUGACUCCAGGAGUGCAUCAAGUCACAGGCUGGGGUCUUGUUUCACUAUCAGCAUUUAUUGCUAUUUAUUAUUCAAUAUGGGUUAUCAUCUUGCCAUUUGUUGACCAAGACCAACCAAUACACACAUUUUUUCUUCCUCGAAUUUAUGCUAUAGCAGGACCUCUUGUAGCUGGAGUGAUUGCUCUAACAUUAAUAGGUGCAUUUGUCCUGUAUGUGACAGUAUCCCCCAAGAAAGUAAAGAAAAGCUGAUCCAAAUUAUACAAACAAUUUUCAUUAUUACCUCCCUUUGCCUGCCUUGUGAUCUUUUUAAAAGCAUAUUUUUAUUAAAGAAAAAACAAAACGAA